CUCAAUGCGGUGCGGUGUGUUCCACGGGUUUUGGUGUUUUUCUUGUUGAGGAAGCACCCGAUUUCACAGAUUUGUUUCCCGUACAAUUAUAAUAAUUCAGUUUGUUCGAUUUCAACAAAAACAGUGUUUGCAUUGUCGUGCGCAGAAAUGGAGGUGGAUUGUGAAAAAUUACGGAGGAAUUUAAAACAUCUACGCGAUCAGUUCAACUGUGUUCAAAUGGAUCCAUUUUUAAGGUUAACCAAAUAUACAUCUGCGGAUAUGGAUGAACUAGUAGCCCUGCUGGGACAACUAAUUGAGGAUCCAAAGUACACGACGGAGAUAGGAAAUCGGUUCCAGCAUAUUUUGCUCCUCGUUGUUGCCAAUGCUUUUGGCAAGGACGAUUACAAGACGAAUGAGCCGAACAGCGAAUCCGCCAGAGACAUCCACCGGACAAAGUGCGUGGCAUUGUCUAAACUGAUCGGAUGCUCCCCUGACGUUCUGAGAUUCAGCGUCCAUUUCUUCAGUCGCAACUCUCCCCCCUUCGGGGUCAACGAAUCACUGGUGUAUGUCCCGAAGCAGAAACAGAAGAAAACGAGCGCUCUGGUAACGGACCUUGAACUGGUACAGUGCUGCUAUCGCUUCCUGACCGCAGAUCCAGUCUACUUUCGUUCCGCGUGGAAUUGGUCCGAUUUUUUCGAACAGUACAGCGGGAAGGGAUGCGCUCGGCAGAAGUACUACUGCAAUCGGAUAAUGGCUGCUGUCGCUUGUAUGACGCAGUGUCAACUGAAUCGAUUGGAUGGUGAGAUAGCACCGGAGAUCAUUGUGCAGGAACAGUUGCGUUGUGAUGCAUCAUCAAAAGACGAAAUGCAGAUUGAUGUUCCCGCAGAAACUGGAGAGAAACUGAGGUGGAACUUCAAAAGCGAUGUGGUGGCAAAUGUAGGCGAUGUACUUUUACCCAUUUUCGAUGCUGGGAAUUGUAACUUUUUUCGAGAGCAGAGGCGGGAGCCCGAUGAUUUGGUGAUUGUGGAUUCGACACGACUAAACGUGAGGAGCCUGGCGCUGGGAGUUUCAUCGGGGCGGGCCAUUUGUUUGUCCGGGCCUGUGGGCUGUGGAAAGACCACGCUUGUAGAGUAUGUGGCUAAGAAGACCGGUCGUAUUGCACCGAAGGUGCAGGAAAUGGAGCGCAAGAUGGAAACGGCGCUGAAGGAGACGAAUAAAAAGCGGAAAGCUAGCAAAGGCGCAAACGAGUCGGAUGAUAUGUUGGACAUUAACUUGGAACAGUUGAAGAAAGCUGCGCCUAAAAAUGGAUUUCUACGGAUUCAACUGGGUGAUCAAACCGACAGUAAGGUGCUGCUGGGUCAGUAUCGAUGUACAGACACGCCCGGGGAGUUUAUCUGGCAACCGGGAGUACUAACCCAAGCUGUUAUGAACGGAUAUUGGCUGCUGCUGGAAGAUUUGGACUCUGCAACGCAGGAUGUUUGUACCGUGCUCACCAAUCUGCUUGAGAAUAAUUAUCUGAGUGUUCCGGGGUUUAGAGACUGUUUGCGGAUCGAGCCCGGUUUUCAGUUGUUCCUCACACUUCGGACGCAGAAAUCGGGAAGUAUUGGCCACCAGAAUACGUACAGUUUGCUGGAGAAGUAUCUGUACACGGUUAAUGUGCUGCCGCUGUCCCGCGCGGAACUGUGCACGAUUAUUUGCGCCAACUUUCCCAAGCUCAAAACAGUAGCAAGUCGCAUUGUGGACAUUUAUUUGACAUUUUCCAGCGGCGGUCAUGCAAUCGAGUCGGAUGAAAUCGAUGAAAGUAUUAGUAUUUUGCCGAAGGAGAAAGGCCACCAACAGAACGGAGUUGAGGUUGAAGGAGAAGAUAGCUUGCCGAGGUUCCAGUAUGACAAUUUGUCGCUGAAUAAUCUUCCAAACUCGGGUCGUUUGGUGUCCACGAGAGAUUUAAUCAAACUGUGUCGGAGAUCGGAUCCGAGCUUUUCCGUUACCAGCACGGAGUGCGCCUAUUUUGUGUUCCAGAAUGCGGUGGACAUUUUUUGUUCGCAUUUGCCAGCCGGUGACGCAAAGCGGAACAUGAUUGUGAGCAUCGGUGGGAAGAUAGGUAUCAAUCAAAGCCGUUGCGAUCAUCUUUACGAUGAUUAUAAGCCCUCUGUUGAUGAAGCGGCAUCGAGUGAAAUCAAAAUUGGUCGAGUUACGUUGAAACGCGGUAUGAGGGUUGGCGGGGGCGAUGAAGAAAAUGAUGGUACAUUUAUUCAUAAGAAAAUGCGGCUGGAUAAGAACGCAUCCUCCAAGGUUAGGACACAGGAUUUUAAGCUUCAAAGCAAGGCGCCUACUUUUUCCUUUACCCGGCCGGCAUCUUGUCUGCUGGAACGUAUCGCAGUUUCUGUGUCCCAGAAUGAGCCCAUCCUCUUGGUGGGAGAAACCGGAGUCGGGAAGACUAGUUCCAUCCAGUACUUGUCAUAUCAAACCCAUCACAAAUUGGUGGUGGUCAACAUGAACAACCAGUCGGACGUUUCGGAUUUGAUAGGAGGCUUCAAACCGGUUGAUUUGAGCUACGUUAUAACUCCUCUCCGGUACGAGUUCGAGCAUCUGUUCAGUAAAACCUUCAACGCCCAGAAAAAUGAAAAGUUCCUGAUCAACAUAAGCAUUUGCUACAACCGGGGUGAAUACAAUGUUCUGGUGAAGCUUAUGCUUAAAAUUUCGGAGAAAGUAUUCCUCCGCAAGCGGGACGAGCAGUUGCGGUCGGAAAAUGUCUACGCCAAAUGGUCCGCUCUGCAGCAGAAGCUCGUGAAGCUCGAUUCGCAGCUGAAACACUCGAUCAAUGUGUCGUUUGCGUUCAUUCCGGGAUCGCUGGUCAAUUGUAUCCGCAACGGAGAUUGGGUCUUGCUGGAUGAGAUCAAUCUGGCCUCGACUGAAACGUUGGAAUGUCUGUCAACAAUUCUCGAACCGGAUGGUUCGAUUAUCCUGCUGGAGAAGGGGGAUUUGGUGCCGGUGAGGCGUCACCCAGAUUUCCGCAUCUUCGCCUGUAUGAAUCCCAGUACGGAUGUGGGGAAAAAGGACCUAGCGGUGGGCAUCCGCAAUCGUUUCACGGAAUUUUUCGUCGAUGAAUUGGUGGCCGAAAACGAUUUGCUCGUUUUGGUGAAUGAUUAUCUGAGCAGCAGUGGGAUUCAGAAGGUGCGCAUUCUGAACACGGUCAAACUCUACCGAAGGCUACGAGCGUUGUCCCAGCUAGAGCUGAACGAUGGACUGGGCAAUAAGCCUGUAUUCACCCUUCGUACGCUGUGUCGGGCGCUGAUGAUUUGCUCCAAGAAUUUGUGUGGCACAAUCGAACGGAAUCUGUACGAGAGUUUCUGUCUUAGUUUCCUGACACAGUUGGAUGCCAGGUCCCACAAAAUGGUGUUGAGUUUCAUCCAGAAGACGCUGCUUCACGACGCUGGUCAAAGCACGCAUCCGAUUCCGAAGCCAGCGCAAGGCGAACAGCUAAACUUCGAGGGAUAUUGGAUCGAGAAGGGUCCAAAGACUAUCGAGGAAUGCGAAAGUUACAUACUGACGGCAAGUGUGCGGAACAAUUUGCGAGAUCUGGCACGAAUCAUCUCGAUAGGUAAGCUUCCAGUGCUUCUCCAGGGACCAACAUCCGCUGGGAAAACCAGUUUGAUUGAAUACAUCGCCAAGCGAAGCGGAAAUGUCUGUCUCAGAAUCAAUAACCACGAGCACACCGAUCUGCAGGAGUACAUCGGGACUUACGCAGCGGAAGUGACUGGGAAGCUGUCCUUCAAGGAGGGUGUCCUCGUGGAAGCGAUGCGCAACGGGUACUGGAUAAUUCUCGACGAGCUGAAUCUUGCUCCGAGUGACAUUUUGGAAGCCCUCAAUCGUGUGCUGGAUGAUAAUCGCGAGCUGUUUAUCCCUGAGACGCAGGUCGUCGUGAAAGCCCAUCCCAAUUUCAUGCUAUUCGCCACACAAAACCCGCCCGGUUUGUACGGAGGUCGUAAGAUGCUCUCGAGAGCCUUCAAAAACCGUUUCAUCGAGCUGCACUUCUCCGAGAUCCCACGCGAUGAGCUGGAGGUUAUCCUAGAGAAACGUUGUCUCAUCCCCAAAUCCUACUCGCAAAAAAUGGUGAAAGUCAUGUCCGAGCUGCAGCUUAAUCGGAGAUCCACAGCGAAGCAAAAUUUCACGCUGCGCGAUCUGUUCCGCUGGGGAAAUCGAUACACAUUCGCCGAUCGGAAACUUCUCGCGAAGAACAGCUACGAUUGGAAUCAGCAUCUGAUUGACGAGGGCUACUUGGUGCUUUCGUCGAAAAUACGCAAUUUGUACGAAACAAAAAUUAUACAGGAAGCGCUUUACACCCAUUUCCGCAAACGUAUCUCCGAAGAUAACCUGUUCUCGCUACACAAAGACACCUCGGCGGUGACUCAAACGAUCCUCGAACAACUGGUACAACAAACGGCAUUCCGGAACAUCGUCUGGACCUUCGACAUGCGUCGGAUGGCGGUGCUAACCGCCAAAGCACUCGAGUUCAACGAACCAGUUCUGCUGGUUGGUCCUACCGGAUGCGGGAAAACCACAAUCUGUCAAAUUUUGGCCGCUAUCAGAGGCAAAAAACUACGUAUCCUUAACUGCCACAUGCACACCGAGGGCGCGGAUUUCAUCGGGGGUCUGAGACCCUUCCGGGAGGAAAAUUCGUCCGAGAAGGACGCGAAGCAACUGUUCGAAUGGGCCGACGGUCCGCUGGUGCUAUCGAUGGCGGAAGGAGGCUUCUUUUUGGCCGAUGAAAUAUCCCUCGCCGAGGAUUCCGUUUUGGAACGACUCAAUUGUGUGCUGGAACCCGAGAGGAGUCUAUUGUUAGCCGAAAAGGGAGGAGUCUCGGCGGAUGCUUCCGAGUUUGUAAUUACCGCUGCUGAAGGUUUCCACUUCCUGGCCACGAUGAACCCUGGUGGAGAUUUCGGCAAGAAAGAGCUCUCACCCGCUUUGCGAAAUCGUCUGACUGAGAUUUGGUGUCGUGCAACCGAUUCCAUAGAAGAUCUCAUUCGAAUCGCUGAACACAGUCUUCGUAAUGGAAUGAACGCGAAACCAGAAGCGGAUCCUCACAAGCUGGCCGAAGUGAUCGUGAGCAUUGUGUUUGUACUGAAGAAAAAAAUCGACAAGCUGAACUUCAGCAUCCGAGAUGUGCUUGCGUGGGCAGUAUUUAUCAGCAAGAAUCAACAUCUCCCCCUCGCCGAAUCACUGAUAUACGGGCUGGAAACAGUCUUCCUGGAUUCGUUGGAGAUGCUCCCGUACGAAACCUACGAAGAGAUCCUCUCACUGCGUAAAGAAGUUCUCGCUAUUCUCCAUCGAUUGAUAGCGACUCAUCUCGGAAUCAAGCAAUUCAAUCUGAAACGAAGUUCAGAGAUUCAAGCGGAUGAUACCGCCUUCGGAAUCGCACCUUUCUUCAUAAACAUCAACCCAGAGCAACGUGAUCGCGCAACUGAAUUCAUGUUUAGCGCCCCCACAACCCAAAAGAACCUAUUCCGCCUUCUCUCGGCCUUGAGUCUUGACAAAGCGAUCCUCCUGGAAGGUCCCCCUGGAGUAGGAAAAACCUCCCUGGUGGAGAAUCUGGCGCGAGCCGCAGGCUACGCCAUCGUCCGAAUAAAUCUCUGCGAGCAUACCGAUCUCGCCGAUCUUUUCGGAACCGAUCUUCCAGCAGACACCCACUCGCUGGAGCUGGAACCAAGUGACCACCAAGCAACCACCAAGCUGGGCUCGUUCGUUUGGCGUGAUGGUCCCCUGCUGGCAGCGCUCAAGGCGAAGCACACCUGGAUUCUACUAGACGAGUUGAACUUGGCUCCCCAAAGUGUGCUGGAGGGGUUGAACGCGAUUCUCGACCACCGGGGUGAGGUAUUUAUCGCCGAGUUGAACAAGACGUUCAAGUUGGGUAGCAAGACGCGCAUCUUUGCCGCUCAGAAUCCACUGUGGCAGGGAGGCGGACGCAAGGGUUUGCCCCAGUCGUUCCUGAAUCGUUUCACCAAGGUGUAUCUGAGGAAACUGGAACGGGCCGAUUUGCUGCAUGUCAUCGACGGAAAAUACAGCCAAGCAUUUCUGGAUAUCGGCAAUGGCUUGAUUGGAGAUCUCGGAGGAAAACAUGGAAGCGAUGUAAGCUAUUUUGAUGCAAUGUCAUCGGACGCAGAAGGAAGUGUGGACUUCGAUCUCUCAAAACGAAUGGUUACCUUCUCGGAAACACUGGAAACGGGCAUAACUAAUUUGGAAUUCGGCUACAAGGGUGGUCCUUUCGAGGCCAACCUUCGUGAUAUUCUCCGAUGGUGUGAACUGUUGUGCAGCACACAAGUUGGCUUCUUCCCCAAAAAGUUUACCAAAUCAAGCGAUACCUAUCGUAGCUUCUUACUAGUUCUGUUCGAGAAAAUGAAACUUGUAUACUACCAACGGAUGCGAACCGAAGUGGACAAAAACUACAUUCUAACCGCAUUUUCGCGGGUGUUCGCGUGUGAUGCAUUCGAGCUGGAGCAACAAUCGCAGGACAUUGGCGUUUAUUGGACCGACGAUAAACUUUACCUCGGUGAUCUGGUACUGGAGAAGACGGAGCGGGCGGAUGAAAUGAACCCCAUCGUGCAGAAGACUCAGAAAUCGAGUCCCCUUUUGCUGGCAAGUCAGGUUGGUGCUUUGAAGAACGUUGCCGAGUGUGUUCUGAUGGAGAAACCCGUCAUACUGUGUGGUCCGAGUGACUGUGGGAAGACGAAAAUCAUUCAUCUGCUGACGACGUUGAGUAAUAAGUUUUGUAAUGUGGAUACCAUCGAUGACUCCGUGACCGGUAGCUUCCAGCAGUUUGAUUUCAAUAGGCACUUGGAAGAAGUUUCAACCAACGUGGAGUCCAUCGUGAUGGAUGCCGUGAAGGAAACUGUCUUGUGUGGUGGCGUCAAGAAGAUAAAGCUUCUGGUGCAGCUAAUGUCGGUUUGGGAGAAAUACUCGAAGUUGAACGAUGGAAAAAUGGCACUAACAACUCAGAGCGUUCAAAUGGAGGAACUGGAGCUGUUUCACAAACGUUUGGAAGCUCUGCGCGACGUCAUCACAACCCUUAUCGACCAAGAAAACAUUAUUCACCAUCACCAAAAGCAUUUACAUUCUAUGGCAGCCGUACUGGCCGUGCUGUUCAACAUCUCAAAAAACGCGGACACCCUGAACACCGGCGGUCACUUCGAGUGGGUCGAUUCCAAGAUCGUCAAGUCACUCAAGCGCGGUCAGUACAUCUGUCUGGAGCACGUGAAUCUCUGCUCGUCGGCGAUACUGGAUCGGUUGAAUCCAAUUUUCGAACCGAACGGCAGCUUGCUGGUGUCGGAGAAAGGCGUCGGUGGCGACGGUGCCAACGAGUCCAGCGAGUUGAUCCGGGCGCACGGCAAUUUCCGUGCGUUUCUGACGCUCGAUCCGAAGAAUGGGGAGAUUUCGCGCGCCAUGAGAAAUCGCUGCAUCGAGUUGGCACUGCACAGGGAGUACCUCGAGGACGAUCUGAGGAAGCUGGUGUUCGAAAAUGGGGUUCGGGAUGGUUGGUUGGUGAAUGCGAUUUUGGCGGUGCACAAAGUGGUGCGGAAGGUGUCCGAGUUCAAUCAGUUUGGUAUCGCGCACAUCGUGAAGUUCGCCUAUUUGGUCGCUCAGAAUCAACACAUGGGGCUGGCAGAGACGAAGUGUUUGCUCAUCAGUGCCAUGGAAGUUUACGUGAGAUCGUCGAAUACGGAUCUGCUUGGGUAUGGGUUGCAAUUCUAUCGAAAUGCUUUGAAGGAUGUGAUUCAAGAGGAGAUUAAACGGGCGAUCCCGACACCAAAUUUGGUUAAUUACGAGAAUGUUCUGCUGAAAUCGGAUCAACUCAACAGUUCGCAGUUGAUCAAGCUGCAAGCGGAGCCUUUGUUGUGUGUUUUGCGAUGUCACCAGAAUGGACAUGUCGAUGUGGUGGGUGCCUUGACCAAUAUAUCGGAUAAAUUCGCGGAGCAAAGUGAAAUUGGUUUGGAUAACAUCAAGUAUAUGAUGUACUUCCUGUACGAAAUUUGCUCAUUCGAGGAUUUAAAGUAUCGUGAACUUUUCCUUGGCGAGUUUUUAGAGGCAAUAAAAACCACUGAUGAAGUCAAAUUGAAGACUGAGCUCGUCACCAACGGUGACGGCAUUGCAGUUGAUUUGGAGCUGCAACCUCCUUUGAAAGGUCAGUGGACGGAGUAUCGCGAACUUCAACAUACGAAACGUGAGAAACAAGAAGUGGUUGAAGCACCAACCAUCACAAUUGAGGAAAUGCUACGUCAGUUGGUUCAAUUGAAUCUAGUUCUACCUGAGAUCAUUCGAAGCUCGGACUCGAGCGAGGGAUCGCUUCCAUGGAACAGAUCGAUUUUCCCCCGAAUUCGUGAGUAUAAAGAGGAGAAUCCUGUCGAACAGUACCGAAUCAGCGCUUUGUUGUUGCUUAAUACGAUUUUGGAUCGGGUUGUGGUGGAGGGCACCACGAAGCUGAGCAAGAUCGAUCUCAUCUCCUAUUCAAAAGCGGUUUCCUCGCAAAUAAUCAAUGACACCCUCGGAAACAAGUUGAUAGCUCAACUGUAUGGAUUUCUCACAACGUUCAAUCAGAUUGUGAGAGACGCUUUGGGUAAGGCUUUUCUGAAUGAAACGGAUUACACCAAAUUAGUGGGAUCGUAUCUUUGGGUGAACCGCUUGAAUGAUCUCUCCCGGCGCAAGUUGUUUCACGACAAAGAAGUCGACAUCGCGUUGGUGGAUUACGUUACGCUGCAUAUCAAAUGGAUCCAAAAGUACACCAUUUCGAUAUUGGAAAAGUCGCACUGUCAACACAUCAAAACUCUCAGUGAGUCGUUGGAGGAAUCGGUUCAAAGCUCGUGUCAUCCGUUGGCUGCGUAUCGAAAGAAAUACGUGAAGAACUUUCUGGAGAGUUUGCCGUUCUACACGCCGGACCAGAUUGUAAAUCAUCAGAGGAUGGUGCAUUUCAAUGAAAGCAUUCGACUGCUGCCCCGUUUGACUCGAUUGUACGAUUAUGAGGAAUUUUUGCGGAGAGUAACCCUCAUCAAUCACCCGAAGACGAUCGAUUUGAGACGGCGAUUGUCAACAGAUCUCGGUUUGGUGGAAAAUGUUAGAUUUGAUCAUGAGAAGGCUGCUGUAGAUCACGACAACGUAGACUUUCAACAGUUGGUUGCGUUGGUUCAGCAGUGGAAAGGUGCGGAGAUUGAUGACGAAACCGAACAGUGCGCUCGCACGGUUGCACUCAUGGAUCAGUACGAUUCAUUUGUCGCCGGAUUGCAACCCACCGAGGAAUAUGCGACGCAUAAAUUUGAGAUAGAAAUGCUUCCUCUCUAUGAAUACUUUUUGCUGAAAUCGUUGGUAGGCGGUAGCUCGAUCAUAAACUAUGAUUACGUGGCAAGUACUCGCUCACUGGAUGUGGAUGCGCUUGGUGUCCUGGCACAUCGUAAUAGUCCCCGUUACGAACAGCUAAUGCAAAUGAUCGGUCUUAUAUCGAAAUUGAUUCGAUCAGAGGGAGGCUUGGAGUACUUGCUGAAGGCCCUCCCAGUCUUUUACAAGGCUAUAACGACUUAUUCAAACGCACAGAACCGACGCAAUUACGAGAUUCGACUGAACUCAUUGGCCAUUCAUCAUUUUGUUUGCUACCAGAACGACACAGAAGAGAGCUACGAGGCUCAUCUUGACCAUGUUUCAAACCAAUCGAUCCAUGGUGCCCUAUUGACCAACAAUUGCCUAUCGAUUCUUCUUGCGAAAAAUGGGGACCUGCGAUCCACAGGCUUAGGGGAGCUCCCGGAGUGGAGAAGAACUGUAAGGCUGUUGCGGAACAUGCUCUGGGCGAAUUGCGGUGUGUUGAGACGAGAGUUCGAUCAGCAGAGUGUUGAGUUGGGUAGAGCCGUAGACCAAGCGACCAAAUUGCUGGCCGAGUUUGGGUUCAUACAAAAGGUGUGCAAACAAGCUGGAGAGGGAAAGUUCGUGCAGGAUUUCGAACUACUCGCGGACAUAUUGGGGAAGGUCGUAAAACAGUCACAAGAUCUGGUGGAGAAUAUGAGUUACGAAGAUCUUUGCACUAGUGCAAACAGGAAUCUUCAAUGGCGCUUUGUGUCGUUGAUACACACACUUCGGGGAAUGAUCGAGUUGAAUCUUCUGGUGUAUCUCCCGCUGAUGGAUCCGGUAGAGAAGAACGCUCUGAAAAAGCGGUACAACGAUCAAGACAUUAAGCACUACCGAACACUGAUCCAAGUGUAUGAUUACAUGGCGAUCACCUUGAAUUACAAACGCCUUGGUGAAUCUACCAAACAAUUAUUCGCCCAUCAUGUAAGCACUCUGGAGGAAAAACGUGUCAAGCUAUCCAGAAAGGUCGCUUUACGUCCCGCUGAAAACAUCUACCCCGAGCUGGUGAGGGAUGUGCAAAACUUCCUCCUGUCAUGCUGCUACCCUGCCAAGAUCGCCGAACUGGUUGAGACCGCCGUCCGAUGCUUGGAGUUCGAGAUAGACGUGAGCAAUCCAGUCGCCAAUUGCACCCAAACCAAGCAGUUCCAGUUGCACUCGAAUGAAACGAUCAAGCAGAUCGAACUGUGGAUCGCCAUUGCCGAGAAGUUCGAGCAUCACACGAUGAAGCGGUACGAGACGCACUAUCGGGACUUCUGGGUGCCGCUGAGUGACGCCAUCGUAACCACGAAAUACGGGCUGAGUGGACUGAAGCACUGUCUGCUGAUCAAGCGUGAUUCGAUCGGGCUCAAAAGCAAUGGUGUAUUCUGCGAUCUUGCUGCGAACGAUGCCCUGUCAAAGAUUGUGGGAAAAUUUGUGCAGUUCCCGGUGGUGAAACCAAUUCAACUGUUCGAUGAGGAAGCAACAGGGCACAAAGUUAAUGUGUACACGCUUCUGGAGAAGCUUGAUCACUGUGAGGAUAGCUACUUUAGACUGUUGAAAUCGAAACUUCAUGAGGUGAAGAACUCGAUCACGGCACUGGGGUGCCUCGAGGCGGACGAAUUCGUAGACUUGGAUAAGGUUAUGAACAUUUGCAAUCAAGUUUGGCAGAAGCAGGAACUGCUGAGACGGAAGAAACAAGCUGAGAAUGAUAGCCUGUAUCAGACCAAGAGUCACUGUGAAGAGGAGGAUGAAGAGGUCACAGCGCAACGAGAGAUUGAUGGUCUUUUCCCGAACUAUGUAGAUGAAGAUUUCGCGGAUUUCAUCCAGAAUGAUACGCUGGAACAAGUGAUCAAGGUGGAGAAAAUCAAGCGCAAUCAAAAGCUGAUUGAAACGGUUACCAGCGAGGAUUACACCUUGAUUUGUGAAAGUUUCAUUUACCUUAUGACGAGAUUCUCCAAAUCUUCCUACUACAAUCCGCAAACUGUGUCCGAUUUACCGACAUUGAUCAGCCCCGAUUACAUCGGUCCAUUCCAAACAAAGGUCGUGAUCAUCCAACAACUCCUGCAAAAAUACAAAACGGCACUCAACAGCACACUGGAUGAAGGUUUCUACCCCGGUUUGAGCUUGCUAAUCGGAUUGGUACAGAACAAGUACGACGAUCUGGAACUGCGACGAUCGACACCUACGCGCUACAAUUUCUACAAAGACUCCAACAUCAGCGAGAUCGUGCAAUGCGUUGAUGUACUGAAGAAGGUAGAAGAUCGAGUUCGAUUGCUGCUCCAGGAGUGGCCGGAUCAUGCCGUCCUCAAGGACAUCAUCAGCAUCCUCGAGCGAAUCUACGCAAUCCCUUCGACAGCUCCGAUCGUGAGAUUCAGCACGGGUCUACAGCUGCUGCGGCAGAAAAUCGACGAAUGGAACAGUGUAGCCCAUCGUGCAAAUAAUCUACGCGAGCUGGAGGCGAAUAUCGUUGAGUUCGUGCAUCGUUGGAUGCGGAUGGAGCUGCAGUUCUGGAGGGAGUGUAUGAGUCAUACGCACGAAACGGUGCGCUCCAAGGCGUACAGAUAUUGGUUCUUUAUGUACAAUUUACUGCAUGAGUACCUGCAGAGUGAUUCCAGGGCAAAGCUGGGUAACUUGUUGGACUACAGGAAGGUUGAGCGCUGCUUUGGAGAGGAUGAACUUCUUGAAGAAGAGCAACCCGAGGAAGGAACCGUUAAGCUUGAGGAUCUUGUGCAUAUUUUGAAGCAAUUUAUGGAGUCCUCCAAUUAUGCGGAGUUCACGACCCGUCUUUGUAUCUUGAAGUCGUUUGAACAAUACCUCGUCUACCUAAAGUUCGACGAUAAUCGCAAGAAGGAUACAGUAAUUGCGGUACUGUACAACCUGCACAUGUACUACGAUCAGUUCUCGGCGGAAAUCGAAGAACACAUUAAAACGAAACGAACUCCAAUCGAGAAAAAACUGAAGGAGUUCGUCAAGAUCGAGUCGUUCAAUAAGGAUCUGUCCUACUUCAGCAUGCGAAACAACAUUGCUCGGGUCCAUCGUCAGCUGCACAAAUUCCUGAAAGAAUUCGAGACCGAGCUCAAGGAGAAGAUCCUGCCCGUAUUCAGCCCGAAGGAUCCAGCGCUUGAAAUCAACCACGCCGAAGAACAGAAGGGCAAAAACCUUCGCUCGGAAUGCAAGAUCACCUACUACAUGGUCGAUGUGAAACACUUCAUAGCCUCGCCCAAACUCAAACAGAAAUUCACCACCGAAAAGUUCCCCAUCGGCGAGGAUCAAUCGGCGCUGGAGCUCCUGGUCAAGAUCGACCGAUUCUUCGCGGUUUCCCGAAACGUCGUGAAGGAAGCAAUUCUGCACGCUCCCUUCCCAGGUCUCCUGCACAGCCUGGACACUUGGGCGCACGAUCAGAUCGAAACGAUCGAAUAUCUACGCGGGCUGGAAGUCGAUCGGGAUCAAACGAAACCGAAGCAGAAAUCCCAAGCCAAGCACAUACUGAACCAAAAGCGGAAGGCUCUCGCGGACUUCUACAAGAAUCUCACCCAGUUGGGGUUGAGUUAUCGCAGUGGCUUGGUGGAAAGCGCGAUCAACUCGGACCCAGUGGAUGUGCAGCUGAAACCGUUUUCGGUGGAACUGCUCACGCAAAACUCCCGGUACCGCAAAAUCGAUCAACACAUCGUCUUCCUCAACGAUAAACUGAACCUGUACUUCGUCAAAUCGGUGUUCAAAAUUAAGCUUCUGAUGAAGGUAAUGCUUCAACCCAAUCCGGAUGUGGGACUGAUCAACAUCGAUCGAAUCAAAGGGUUCGCAAUCGAUCUGUUUCUGCUGGUGCAGGAUCAGCGCCGAGAGCUGGGCAAAUCCAUUGCCAAUGUGCGCGAACUAAGGGCCCGCAUUCAGGACCUCACGCAGCUAAGAGCCUGCAUCGAGUCGAAAUCGGCGCAGUUUAAUUUUGAACGAUCCCGGCAAAAACUGAAGGCCAUUCGGAAGUGCACCGUUCACGUUGGAAGUGUUCUCGAGCAGUUCCAUCUGCUGCUGGAGUGUGCUCCGGCAGAUGUUCCGGAAGAUGUGCAGGUUUUGAAAGGUGAGCGCGGGUUGACUCAGAGUUCGAUGGGACCAAUUUUGAAACUGUCUCACGAAUGUCUCAAACUGUCGUCCAAGCUGAGCGAAGAGUUGGAAUGCGAUGACGAGAACUACAUAGCAGGUGAUUUCAUCGAUAGUGUGGAUAGAAAGUUUGACUGUAUGAGCGAAACGCUCACAAUGCUUGCAAAUGAAAUGAAGAUCAAAAACACCGACGAUUACUCCGUUUUUGCGAGACCAAUAAUUGUUUUGAUGAAAACUGUAAAGGAUUGUAAACGUCAAUGUACACUUGAAAAGCAUAUGCCUCUUCAGUCGGAACAAUCCGACUCGAAUAACCUCAACAAGGAAUUGGAAGCAACAAUUCACUCGGUUCUGAUCGCAAUGCAACAAAUCUAUAAAAAGCAUUCCACGAUCACCGCCGCGGAAGACAAACCAUCCGAAGGCGACAGCGGUGAUUCCCCAUCCCUUCAUUCGCACCACUUAAAGAAGAAGAUCACCGACGAUUUGACCCAUGAUCUAAAAACCCUAAACAUUCGCAGCGUUACCACCAAAGUCCGUUCUCUUCUAUCGGCGAUGGAAGACUCCGACGAUCCUUCGGUGAGUGCCGCAAUCAUCCGGAAAAUAACCCGAUUGGUUCCAAUCCUCGAACAGUUCAAUCUGCUGGUCGAGUACUACCUGAUCCAGCAGCUGGGAGCCCACCGGAUUAGCGCCAAGAUGUUGUCGGUCAUGUUGACGGUGUUCAUCGAACUGGGCACGAAGGGAUUCUGCAUACCGAAGGAUUUGAUGGAGGACGAGCAGGAAGCGGGCGGCCAGCAAGAGGAGGGCAACCAAGAUGGGGAAAAGUUUGGCUUUGAGGACGGCGAGGGUGAGCGGGAUGUGUCGAACAAGAUCGAGAGUGAGGAUCAGCUGGAGGAUGCGAAGAAACCAGGCCAGGAAGAGAAUAAAAAUGAGGAGGAAAAGGAUAACAAGGAGGAGAAGGGAAUCGAUAUGAGUGAGGACUUCGAUUCGAAGCUGCAGGAUGUGGACAAGCCGGAGGGUUCGGACUCAGAGGAAGAAAAAGACGGUGACGAAGAGGAUUUGGACAAACAGAUGGGUGAUACAGAGGAGGGAGCGGAAAAGCUGGAUGACCAAAUUUGGGGUGACGAUGAGGACAAGGAGGAAGAAGAAAAGGAAGAUGAUAUGGAAGAGGAAGAUGGUAAGGGUUCCGGUGAAACGGAUGAAACACACAAUAAUCUGGAUUCUGAGAAGGAUAAGGCUCCAGGAGAAGAGGAAGAUGGCCUGGAUGCGAUUGAUAAAGCCGCGGAUGAUAACAAAAAAGAGAAACCUAAAGAUAUUGAAGAUAUGAACAAUCAGGAAGGCGAAGAGGAGCAGGAAAAUCCGUACCACAACCAACUGGAAGAGCCACCACAACCUGAAGAUUUAGACUUGGAUGAAGAAUUUAAUCUAGAUAAUGAUAACAAACCCGACAACCAGAAGGAUGAAGAAGAAAAUGGAGAAAAUCCGUUUGACAUUGACACGAUGAAGGAGAAUGCGGAGCAACAGAAUGAAGAGGAAGAACCGAAAGAAGAUGAUACCCAAAACAAAGCCGAGACACCCGAGCAAAACGAUGGAGAUUCAUCCGACGAAGAUCAGGAAGAGGAAAACCCUGAUGGAGAAGAUAAAUUGGACGAAAAUCAGGAUCAGCAAGGAGAGGAGGAACAACCAACCCCGGAAGAGGAAACACCACAAAUACCGGAUGAGAACAAGGAUCCCGAAGUGGAUCAAAAUCCAGAAAUACAGGAAGAGGACAAAAAGAAAAAGCAGGAAGAAGAUCACCACGAGUCCAAAGAUAAGCGAACGGAAGAGGAACGUGUGGAAGCAAUGCCUGACAACGAGAAUAAGGGCACCAACGAUCAGGUGGCGAACGACAAACCCGAAGCGAAGCAGGAGACCGACAUGGACGAACAAGAUACCGGAGAGGAUAAAGAUGGUGUUGGGCAGGCUGAAAACGAUAAAUCCGACAGUGGUCAUCAGGGGAUAGCUGAGUCGAAGGAUACACGAACGAAACGGGACCGGAAUGAUCAGAAACAGAAACAGGAAAAGCGUCGACAGGGAAACACAGAUGAAGAUCGGUCGCUGGGUGAUCCGGAAAAGGCAGAUAAGAAGCGUUUGAAAACCGUCGAUGAGAUAAACAGAGAAGAUCGAACGGAAGAGAACAACGACGAGAAGCAGGAUCCUGACGCAGAAGAGUUUCAACACGUGAAGGAUGCAAAAGAGUCAGACAAGACCACUUUGGACACUGCCACCGAAGAGCAGUCCAAGAAGGUACAGCACCAGGAGAACGAAAAAGACGAACAGCAACCAAAUCAGGAAGACGAAGCUGCGGAAGAAUUAAUGGAAACUGAUGAACAGCCGGAACAAUUGGAUGAAGUUGAUAAACAAUUGUUAGAUAGCGAGAAAAACGAAAAGAAUAAAGAUAAGCCAGCAAAGAAGAACGAGGAACGACGGGAGCAAGUGGAGUCUUUGGAGAAUGUUGAAGUUGAAGGCGAAACUGUUGAAACCUCCCACGUGUCCAGGGGUAGUGAAACAACUGCGCAUACCAUUAUGGAUAUUCUCAACGACAUGACACUGCCGGAAGAACCGACCACUAAUGAGAUGCUCGAAAUGCGCAAAGUGGUGGAAAAGGAAAUGCUAGCGACAAAUUCCUCCCAACCAGCGCACGACGAUUUCGACAGCUGGCAGCAAAUCUCGAACAAGAUGCUUCCGAACGCACGUGAGCUAUGCGAACAGCUAAGACUCAUCCUAGAACCCACCAAAUGCACCCGACUCAAGGGAGACUACCGAACCGGUCGUCGUAUUAACAUGAAAAAAAUAAUCCCCUACAUCGCAUCUCAGUUCCGCAAGGACAAGAUAUGGCUUCGGCGGACGAAAGCCGCCCAACGGGACUAUAAAAUCACGAUCGCCGUCGAUGAUUCAAAAUCGAUGGAUCACAACAAUUCGAAGGAGCUAACACUGCAAGCGAUCUCGUUGGUCUCUCAGGCGCUGACACUGCUGGAGAGUGGCCGAUUGAAUGUGAUGUCGUUCGGAGAAUCACCCAAAAUUCUGCUGAAACAUUCCGACCAAUUCGACGGAGCGAAAUUGAUUAGCUCGCUGAACUUCGAUCAAAAUCAGAGCAGAAUCGCUGACUUGCUGGACUUUCUGAGGGCAUUCAACACGGAAGACAGCAGCUCCUCGGAGAAUGGAUUGUUUGAAAAUCUGCUGCUUGUUCUCAGCGAUGGGCGUAAUAUUCACAGCGAGGGGGAGAAGAAAGUGAAAAAUUCGGUCAAGCUCGCUCGCUUACAGCGAAUAUUCAUCGUUUAUGUUAUCAUCGAUAAUCCUGAUAAUAAGCACUCGGUCAUGGACAUUCGGGUGCCGUUGUUUACUGCGGACCGCAGUGAGAUUGUGAUGACGUCUUACCUGGACGUGUUUCCUUUCCCGUACUACGUUAUCGUUCGAGAUUUGGGACAGCUACCGUUGGUAUUGAGCGACGCUAUGCGUCAAUGGUUUGAACUGGUCAACAGUGACCAGUAAAUUAUAAGAAAGUGAUUUGUUGAAUGAUAUAUUAUUACUCAGUAAUAUAAUCUGCAUUUAGUCAUAUAUUAGAUUAUUCUUUCUUCACAUACAAUAAAUGUUGAAAAAAUAAAUACAGAAUAUUGGUACUAGUGCCAA